UGCUAGUUCUUAUCCCUGGACCUGAACCCAGGCGCACAUCUGGAUUAGAAGAUGCCAGGCUCAGAGGAUCUUCGUAAAGGCAAGGACCAGAUGCAUUCACACAGGAAACGAACCAUGUUCACUAAGAAGCAACUGGAAGAUCUGAACAUCUUGUUCAAUGAGAACCCAUACCCAAACCCCAGCCUUCAGAAAGAAAUGGCCUCGAAAAUAGACAUACACCCAACAGUACUGCAGGUCUGGUUCAAGAAUCACAGAGCAAAACUCAAGAAAGCCAAAUGCAAGCAUAUUCAUCAAAAACAAGAAACUCCACAACCGCCAAUACCAGAGGGUGGGGUCACCACCAGUGUCGGUCUGAGAAAUGCAGACACACUACCCAGAUUACCCAACGCUGCUCACCCGAUCGGCCUGGUGUACACGGGUCAUCGAGUCCCCUCAUUCCAGCUCAUCCUGUACCCCAACCUCAAGGUCCCCGCAAAUGACUUCAUUGGCCACAGAAUAGUCCAUUUUGGCUGCUGCCAAGAUCCUAACAUAUACUGCCUCUAUCCCAUUCUGGAAUCCCAAGUUUGCACUCCAAGCUUCCAUUCUGGCUCUUCUGCCUGUUCAUCUAACCAAAGUCGAGAGAGAUGAUAAAUACAAAAAGUCACAUGU